CGCAGGCGUUUCAUACGCGAAGAAGAGACGAAUCUUCCCCGCCAUCCCAGCUCAGUUAGCUUAGCCGGUUUGUUUACGUUUGUGUUCUCGUUUAAAAUCCAGCAGUAAAGCCGCGGACUUUAACUUCCACCGCGUGGAUUAAAACCCUUAUACCCCACAGUGCGGUUACCCGCUCGGAGCUGUGCUGUGUCAGCAGGCAGUGUUAGCAGCGUUAGCCCGCCGGCUACCAGCAGCCUCGGAGCGAGUCCGCUGCUCUGCUUACUCGGGUUUGUUGUGGUCAGUAAUGGCCUGAAUGGCAGAGGGCAGUGAAACAGCUGGAGCCGGGCUGCAGGAUGCUCUGGAGCGGCUCUGCUCCUCCAGGACCCUCCGCCUCAAACCCGAGACCCCCGUCUGUGUGGCUGUGAUUGGGCUUGACAGGUAUUUGUCUGAUGAGAGAGUGACAGACGGCUACAGCUACGACGUGACGGUAACCGACGGCAGGUGGAGAGUGAAGUGUCACCUCAGCUCUGCUCUUCAUCCUCUGGUCCAGAGCAACGCGCUGCGCUGCGGCUCCUGCGUUUCAGUCACACAGUUGUCGUUUGUGUACGACGAGAGGCGGGUCGGCCAAAGCUACGUGUGUUUAGAGGAGCUGGAAUGCGGAGGCGAGGAUGCUGGUAUUCUCUCGUCCAUUAAAACCCUGAAUGCCCUUCGGUGGUGGACGCGGGACGAGAUCGGAAACUCGAUGCUUUGGCACGCAGACGCUCCUCUGCAGAGCGGCAGGAAACAUUAUUUAUCAUUAUGGAAUAACGAAGAUCCUCACGGCGGAGUGUGGAUUCCUAGUACUCCUCCACCAGACACGGUGAUAGACGUGUCUAAAAUCUGUCUGCUGGGUGACCUUGACGUGUUCUUUGCGAGUUCCAGACGUCCUCUCCCUCUGCUGGUCAGGGUGCUGCACAGAUCCCGGUUACGGUACUACGGGAAACCUGGACAGAACAUAGACUUCCCAUUUCAGGCUUAUUUUGAGGUGGCGGAUCAGAGCGGGGUGAUGUCCAUGGUGCUGUGGAACGAUCUGUGUCCAGAGUGGUACCACAGGCUGGUGGUGGGCUCAGUUGUGUAUCUGCAGCACUACUCACUGAAGAAGAGCUACCAGAACCGCUCUAGACCCCAGAUCAGCUCGCUGCCCCUCCUCAGCUUCACCAACACAGAGAUCUGCUUGAACCCUCGUAGCCCUUCAGCCAUCAUCACUGUGAUUCCUCCUAAAGGUGUCCAGCCUCAGUGGAGCUUACCUGACAUCACCUAUAACUUCUCUACCAGGCAUGAAAUAGAGAGUCUCAGCAGUAACCAGGCCUGUGACGUCAUCGGACUGGUGACCUAUGUCGGGCGUGUCGAACGAAUCCGAAACAGAAAUUCCAUUCCUGAGAAAUUCUGGACGUACCGCUGGGUCCACGCUGUGGAUGGCACUUCAGGCUCCCCCUUUAUACUGGAGAUUUUUGCCUCCUCGCAGCCGGACAUCUUCAACAACAUCUGUCCCAUGACGUACCUGGUGUGUACUCAGAUGAGAGUGUGCAGAGAGGCUUGCUGCUCAGUUUAUUUGACCAGCAGCACUGAGACUCAGCUCUUCAUCACAGGCUGUCACAAGAAGCAGCCGUACGUGUCCGACCCGAAAGUGAAGGCCUUCAUCCAGUGGACCAAGACCCUAAAGGACAGUGUUAUACUGAGGAAGACUGCAGUGGGGGGGCAUUACUGUUAUCCUCCUCCCUCACCCACCUUCACACCACACACCACCACUGCCAACACCACAGCCACUGCAGGUCAGGGAGCCUCUCUGCCGUUAAUGGCAGUAGCCGACCUGCAGGGGGAGAUAGAGAGUUUGCAGUAUCGAGAGUGCAGGAGGUUCGCUAUUCAGGGCCACAUCACUGCAGUGCGUUACCACCACUGGCCACAGAAGGCGCUCCAGUCUGGAGUUACUGCAGAGCAGAACGCACCACAAAGGAUCCAGCAGUUAGAAGGUGGAUCAGUGGCUGCGUCUGGAGGAUCUGCUCCAUCCUCUAGUACAGGCAACAUGGAACAGAGCGAGAGACCCUCAGCGGCGCCCCCUAGUGACAGCACAUCUUCUCCAAAACGCAGGAGAAUUGAUCAGGGAUCAAAGGCACUGCAGGGGUCAUACUGGACCAGAGCGAAGGUGCAGUCAGAAAGACAGAUGAAGCUGCUGGAGGAGGAGGAGGAGGGAGGUGAAGAAGGAGAGUCGAACCAAACGACAUGGACAGCACAGUCACCACACAUAACAGACAACAGUGAGACAGGAAGCGUUCCUGACUCCCAACCACCCAUAGUUCAACCCAGUGCAUCAUGGGAAAGCAGCAUGUGGCCGUUACUGAAACAGGAUGUGACGACUUGCAUUAGCUGUGGCUCUUUGGAUCCGGAGAGCGUUCCAGAAAGAUUCCGCUUUGACGACCGAGAUGUGCUUCUUCAUAGGAUCAACCUCAGCCCUUCGAGAUGGACUCCAGAUGUUCCACUAAGCACAUCCUCAGAGACGCACACUCCUGUGGACUGUGCGGGAUACCUCACACUCACAGUGCUGGGGCUGAAUCAGCAGGCUGCAGUGGACGUUCUCUUCAUACCUGUGUUUUCCCCUGAAGAUCCCAGAGGUGUCGGAAUGCCCGCCCGUGUCCAUGACAACACGCUGAUGUCAUGUCUUUCCUCAGGUCACAUGUGUGUGCAGGCCGACGGCACACACCUUUCAGCAGAGGCGUUAAUGAGCUCGGCCCCGGCUUUAGAGGAGGAGAGGCUGGUGUGUGUGUUGGACGUGUGUCUGUUGGGUCAGAACAAGGUCGAAAUCAUGUGCUCUAAAAUCUACAGGACGGCAGACAUCACACCUGUGUAGCGCUUACACACACAGGGCCAUUCGCCUACUAUUCAUGUAUUUUUCACUGCCACAAACUAAAAGGGUUUAAAUGAGUUUAUUAAUGGUUAUUAAUUGGGUAAUAAAGACAUAACAUUCUUAAAUAUGCAGUUACAACACAUAAAAAGGGCAGCAGUGAGCUGCUGCUUGUCUAGUAGUGAAGCCCCAUUAAUUUAUAUUGUUAAACCUCAGAUUUUGAAGUCGGCAUUAAACUCAUCAUUAAACUUCAUCAUCUAUAUUCAUCAGAUAUAACAGCUCACCUUUGCCCUUUCAUUAAUGUUAUAACUGUUUAUUCAUGAUUUUAUGACCUAACUUAUAACUUUAACAAGCUGAUUUUAAACCCUGAAACACUUUAUAAAGGUAGUCUUAUUUUACAGCGGUACCUUUUUUUCUUUUCCUGAAAACAUUUAUUUCUUAUAAAACUCAUUGUUAUUAUUA